CUGAAAGUAUUGGUUACAUUUUCAGUAACAAUGUGUCAGUUUUGGAACCUCCAAUUUUUCAAGACCAUACUACCACCAUUUUGUAUCGGUGACAAUGUAACUGGUAUUCAGGCUCACAUGCUGAAUUUCAUACCAGCGAUCUACCCAUUUGUUCUUAUCAUCACCUCCUGUAUUCUCAUGGAGCUGCAUGCUAGAAAUGUUAAAAUGAUUGGAAUUCUGUCAAAACCAUUUACGAUCAUUUUCAGUAAGGCUAGAAUCACAGUAGUGACUGGUGAUGCUGUGUUUCAAGCUUUUUCUUCACUUAUUUUCCUCUCAAACACUUCUGUUCUAUCUGCUUUAUUUCAAUUAUCAUACACUGAAAAUGUGUACAACUCAACUACGAUUCUUAAGAUAAAAGUAUUUUACCGUGAUCCAACAGUGGAGUGGCCCAGUUACAAAUAUCUCCCUUACUUGCUUACUGGAGUACUUGUCUUAUUUUUUAUCUCUGUGAUUCCCUCUGUCCUUCUCUGCAUAUACCCAACAAGGGUGUACCGACAUCUGUCAAGGUUUCUGAGUGCCAGGAAGCGACUGGCCAUCACAGCAUUUGCUGAGGCUCUCCACAGCUGUUUCAAAGAUGGUCUGAAUGGAACUCGUGACUACAGAGCACUGGCUGGAGCACAGUUAUUUAUUAUCCUAUUAAGCGCUAUGGCUACCAUGUUUCUUGAUUUUCUCAAUCAUCAUAAUGUAACUAUGGAUGUUGUAAGUACAUAUACUGUACGUAUACUUCUGUGGAUGAUGUUCGUAUGUCUGGUCUCAUAUGUGAAGCCCUGCAAGUCAGCAAUUGCAAAUGUCUCCCUCAGUUUUCACCUAAUUCUGUUUGGAAUUCUCGAUUGUGUACGUUACCUGUGGUGGUAUGAUUCUUAUGCCAGAACCUACCCACUUGAACUGACAUUCAUUGCCACUCUUCUUACACCACACAUCCUGGUGGCUCUGUGGGCAGGCUACACCUUGACCAAACACACACUGACAAGGUUUGGAUAUCAGUUCCAUGGCCCUGGUUGCAAGGAGGCAUUGAGUGACAAGGCAAAUGGUGUGAGACGGUGUCUCUCCAGAAGGAACAGUGGAUAUCAGGAGUUGCAAGAGCAAUGUGAUACUACUGGGCGGUGAAGAAAUGUUGUAGACAGAACAAGAAACUCAUUUUACCCACAUAACACUUUGUAAUGGUCUUACAAUGGUUUUGUUUAUUGAAAAGCA